AUGUCGUCGGUCUGCGAGGCGGCAGCUGUCAUGACGGCGGGGGCUGAGGCGGACACGGGAGAACUGCCAAACAUAGCAAGGCUGCCAUGGGCCAAAGUAGUAGGUAUCGAGCUGGCGGCUGGCCCCAGAUUUUGCCUGCCCAGAAUAUCAGAACCUAGUCAAAAAGAUAAUGCCAUUUUUGACAUGAAUGACGAUAUCAUGGGCGUAUAUUGCCUACGAAGCGACAAGAUGUCACGUAUGCGCAGGUCUUUGCCCGAAUUGAACCAAGGCUUCAAGACAUCAUCAACAGAACGUGGCCCGCCAUACAGGCCCCAUGUCUCGCGCCCUUACUCAGUCGUCUGGGCAGAGGCGCAUUCUCUUGACAAGUGUCGUGAUGCUCUGGACUGCGCGGAUAGAGAUGCGCGCCUCCUAGGCAAGGUUCUCGAUCUCUUGGAUGAAGCGAGUGAGACAAGGCUCGUAAUGGCAAAGAAGUCGAGAUCUUGUGCUUGUUGUGGCGGUUGGGAGAGGUAUCAAGGGAACGGAGCUCGUCCCGGUGCUGCUUCCGGUCGAAGAUGGAGCCCAUUGCUGGGCGGCUGCGCCUGGGCAGAUGCGCUGGUGGUCCUGCGUCGCGGCUACGCAAGGCCAGACCCAUGCAGAUACGCUGACUAUCGAUAA